AGGGGCUGGGGCUGCGGCCCUUCCCCGGACCUGUAUUCAGGUAGCACAAGGGCCGGUGGCAGCGGAACCUUCCUCCCCGCCCCGCCCUCGCUUCCACCCGGGCCCAGUCGGCGCCGGAAGCGGUGGUGGAGGCGUGCCAGCAUGGAGGCAGCCGGCCCUGCGCGCGCGGAGCCCUCCUCUCAGCUGGAGGCCUCGGGUUCCGCUGAAGACCGGCUUUUCCUGGUGAAAGGUGGAAUUUUCCUUGGUAGCGUUGCUGCAGCAGGAAUGCUAGCUGGAUUUGUUACGACGUUAUCAUUGGCUAAAAAGAAAAGCCCUGAAUGGUUCAGUAAGGGAAUUUUGGCCACAGCUGCCUUACCAGAGAGUGGGUCUUCCCUUGCCUUGCGAGCCUUGGGUUGGGGCUCACUUUAUGCAUGGUGUGGGGUUGGUGUGAUCAGCUUUGCAGUCUGGAAAGCUUUAGGAGUUCACAGUAUGAAAGACUUCCGAAGUAAAAUGCAGUCAGUAUUUCCAGCAAUUCCCAAGAACUCUGAAUCAGCUGUUGAGUGGGAGGAAGCAUUGAAAUCCAAAUGAGAUGAGCAUGGUGGAUGAAGGCCAAAAUGAUUGUUACAGAAAGGGUGGCUUUGGAGAUGCUACAAUGGCAGAGGGACUCCCCUGAUUUCUCCUCAGGAGCAGAUUGUGCAGGUUGCUGACUGAAUCACAGGAUGGAUGCUGCUGGGUGUCCUCACAGGAGACUGACUGUCUGUGCUGCACCUCAACUGAUGUGGGCUUAUGUGUGUGUGCUUUACGGGCAGGGUAGAGUUUCCUCAAAGUUAGGAAGACUAUUUAAAGAUAACUAUAUGGAUAGUUUUUCUAUGUAGACAAGAUCCUGGGGGAAAUACUUCUGUUAAGGACUAUAACAGUUGAAACCAAGUUGUGAACCUGAAAAAAAUUUAUAAUAACUUAUGAUGGAAAAUCUUAAUAAACGGAUUCCUAAUAGCCAUAGUACCUCAGUAUGUCUGAUGAAAUUAGUUUCAACAGCAUUACGUGUAUGUGAUUGUCAGAAUUUAGAAGACUUGCUCCUAUUAGGCAGACUCAAAAUGUCAGGUGAUUGAGUAAAUCCUGUACGUCAGAUAGUGGGUGUGGCUCUGUGUCCUGAAUGCAGUCUGAUUUGCAUCUGCUUGUUUUUCCCUGAUGACCUCCCUUUAAGGCCCUGUAAAUUGCUAUAUGUAUACAGGAACUAACAACAGAUUAUGAUAUUAUGAUAACUUGAAAAGGUACAGUCAUGCUGAAAUAAUACUAUGGUAUAAAAUGUACUUUUUUGAGAAGAUGGUUCUGGGUCCCUAAACAUUGACAGAAUUUGUAAUUUUGUUUCAGUUGUCAGUGUAAAAAUAACCCAAUUAUCAUCUAUCUUAAAAAAUAUUUUUAACCGGAAAGCUAUCUGAGUAUUGAGUCUCAAUAUUAGGUAUAUAGUACUGCCUCCCUGAUGAAACUACUACUGGUAAAUUCUUAAAUACACACCCCACCUUUCCCUGUCCUCCAUGUUCUCUUAGAGAAAACAGACAGUAAUGUCUACAUGCAAUUUUUUUACUGGAUAUUAAAAAUAUCUUAAUAUGUCCACAAAAAUAACGUCUGGUUGAAUAUCAGUUGUGUAAUUUCUUUAUAAUUGCUCAGUCUCUAGCAAUCCAGUUUAAUAAAGUAUAGUUGAAACUUACCUGUUAUAAUGAAACCUUUUAGUUCUAGGGAAAAUUUUUAAAUGAAAUGUCAAGUGCCUAAUAUAACAUUUUUCUCUGAACCAUGUUAGCCUGUUAAAAUUGUUGUAUUGUUAAAUUAAUUAAAUAGGUGUAAUCAGCAUCUGGGAUUCUGUUAAAAAUCCAAGACAAAAAGAAAGGAUUGUGGAAUUUAUCAGAGUAUGUGGAAUAGCAAAAACUCUUUACCUGUCUUUCACAUUUAAGUAAAUCUCUGCUAAGCAAAGA